ACCCCAUCCCACCCCACGCAGCCCCUUUCGUUUUCCCUCCUUUCUCUCCUCUUAUGAAAACUUCGCUAUACAAAUCUCUCAACACAAACACUUCCUCAAACAUUUUUCACACUGAUUACCACCCAAAUGGGGAAAUACAUGAGAAAAGAUAAAAUAGGAGGUGAUGUAAGCGUGAUGGAACUCUCACAGUCCACCCCAGGGGUACGCACCCGGGCCAAAACCCUAGCCCUUCAACGCCUUCAAUCCUCCUUCUCCGUCGCCGCGCAGUCGAAGCCCGAGUCGUGUUAUCUCCAGCUCCGUUCACGACGACUCGAGAAAACCUUUUUUUCGAGGCACCAACAGAAUUCUCCAAAAGGGUCUGAGCAGAAACAGGGGUAUAGUUGCGGAGAAAAAGAGGGCACCGAUAUUGCACUGUCUUGCGAGAAAGAGUAUUUCGGGUCGUAUGUGAAGUCGGGUUCAAUUGGGAUGGUUAAGAAAGAGGAGAAAUGCUUUGAAAUGGAAAACAGUGUGUUUGAAACAGGGGAUUUGGAAAUUGAAGCCUCUUUUGGAGAAAAUAAUUUGGACUGGGAAGCUAGAGAAAGGUGUAUAUUUUAUUUUAUUUUUCUAAUAUUCUUUCAUUUUUAUUUUUAUUUUUAUUUUUAAAGGAUUACAUGAAUUUCUAUGACCUGUUAUGUUCUGAUGAAUUUUUUAGUGUUUCUCUUCAUUAGCUUCAGUCUCCUAAAAUCUUUUGGAAGGAGGGAAAGGGGAAUGGCGAUUAUAAUAAUUUUUUUGGGUUUUUUUUAUA